ACUAGUGUACUUGCACUUAACCUCAACAUAGCCUAUUCCUGAGAAACAUCAAACGGGAUCGCUUUUAAAACAGACAGGCGUUAUGAAAACCGUAAAGAAAUAGAAAGUAGGACAAGCCUUGUUAAUACAGUAUGGGAAAUAAAAUAUUUAGCUAAAUAAAAGCGAUUUGAUGGGGGAAAAGCUCUAAAACACCACAAAAUUUAACCCAAACCAACUUUUAAACCUAAAGACGUAUGUUCAAUAUCAUAUGUAUCCACUAGUGUUCAACAUAACCAGAGUCUCAUUUUUGCCUACUUACCAAAUCAACUUAGAAGAAAGGAAAGAAGUUCCUCGUGGAAAUGGUAAAGCGCAUGCGGCCUGCGGACACCAUUCCCAGGAACCAUUGCGGUGAAGAACUUGGCCUCUUUAUCCAAAAGAGGCAAAUUCAAUACGAAAAUACGACGCGGGAAACAAAUCGCUUGUGGUGAAUGGGAUCGGUGAAUGGUGUAUUUGAGGAAGGAUGGCAUCAUUUAUACCUUUAAUGAAAUCAAAUACCACAUUUUCAUUCUGUAGAAAUGAAAGUUUGCAAGUUUUAGAAAGAGCUGCAUCGCAAUUUAAAAUAAAUAGGAGCUGCAAUGUUGUUUACAAUCAAAGACAUUACCAUAGAAAAAGUAUUUUACCUCCUCCACGUGUUUGUAAUCAAAACAAAUUGAGAAGAAAAUGGAUUUUACCAGAGCACCAGAAAAGAUGUCUCCAUGUCCAUCCAGCAGUUGCAGAAGCACUUAGAAAGAAAGAGCCUGUGGUUGCUUUGGAGUCAACCAUUAUAACUCACGGGAUGCCAUAUCCCGAAAACACAAAAACUGCAAUAGAGGUGGAGAGGAUUGUUAAAGAGCAAAAUGUUCUUCCAGCCACAGUUGGUGUUGUGAAUGGGAAACUUAUUGUUGGGCUGACUGAAGAUGAAAUUGAAUUUCUUGGGAAACAAGACGAUACAAGUCAAAGGCUAAAAUUAUCAAGAAGGGACCUUGCAUAUGGAAUGAGCAAGGGCAUCUCAGGUGGAACAACUGUUUCUGGAACAAUGGUAGCUGCUCACAAAGCAGGCAUACCAAUCUUUGUCACUGGUGGUAUUGGAGGAGUUCAUCGUGGAGCAUCAGAAUCUUUUGAUGUGAGUGCUGACUUGACAGAGCUUGGUAGAACCCCAAUGGCUGUCAUUUGUGCUGGCAUUAAAUCAAUCCUUGAUAUUGGUCUUACAUUAGAGUAUUUAGAAACACAGGGUGUACCAGUUGUAGCAUAUGGUAAAAAUAGAGAGUUUCCUGCAUUCUUUACAGCUAAGAGUGGCUUCAAGGCUCCGUACAAUUUUGAAAAACCAUAUGACGUUGCAAGAAUGAUCGAAAAAAGCCUUUCAUUACAACUAAACAGCGGAAUGGUCAUUGGAGUCCCAAUUAUUGAAGAGGAAAGUCCACUGGGGCAGGAAAUAGAAGGUGCAAUCCAAUUAGCCCUGAGAGAAGCACAGCAGAAGAAUAUAUCUGGUAAAGAUGUAACACCAUUCAUUCUAGACAGGGUUAACCAACUAACUGAUGGAAGAUCACUGCAAGCAAAUAUUUCUUUGAUAAAAAAUAAUGCUUAUGUUGGGGCCAGGAUAGCAGCAGAGCUCUCAAGCAUCCAGAAGGUGAAUGAAAAUGACUUCAUUGGCAGUAGCAGUGAACCAUCUUCUUCUGGGAUGCCAUUUGUCAGUCAUUCAAACAAAACUUCCUCUGUCAGCACUGAAACUCCUAACAAUAUCAAGAGACCAGUUAUAAUAGGUGGCUGCAACUUUGAUCUGCUAGCAGUGACUGAUUCAUAUGAUGUUUUGGCUGAAGUUACAAACACGGGAAAACUAUUUCAAACAUUCGGCGGAGUUGCAAGAAAUAUUGCUGAAUGUCUGGCAAGAUUGGAUCACAAUCCACUGCUGAUAUCUGCUAUUGGACAAGAUGCUCCCGGUGCUAUGGUCAUGGAUCAUCUGAAACAAUUAAACAUGGACACUCAAGGGGUAAUGAUGACAUCAGAAUACUCCACUGCAAGUUACUCUGCAAUAAUGAACAAUGGAGGUGAAUUACUUCUUGGGGUUGGAGAUAUGGAUAUACAUGAUCAAAUAACACCAGACUAUAUUCAGGACUUCGAAGAGGAUAUAAAAAGUGCACCGAUUGUCCUGAUAGAUGGCAACCUUACGACACAAGCAAUAGAAUAUGUGCUUGGUAUAUGCAACACUCACCAAGUUCCAGUCUGGUACGAACCGGCUGAUAUCUCAAAAGCAAGAAAACCAUUCACUACUGCCGACUACAAUGCUAUAACCUAUAUUUCACCGAAUAAACGCGAGCUACAAGCCAUCCAUGCGACAAUCACAAAGAGGCAAGAAGGCAUGAUGAACUUCAACAGUGAAGGUCCGUUUGAUUUCGAGGGGCCGACGGAGGAUCAGAUAAUCCAAAUGUGCAUCAGGAUUGGUCGUAAUAUCUUAGGAAGUGUUAACUGUAUAAUAAUAACUCUUGGUCGAUUCGGUGUAUUGGUUUUACGGAAUGAAGGUUGUAAUGAUCCCUUCCCUCUAAAGGGUCAGGUGGCUGAUAAAAAGCAUACAUCAAGCGUUAUAUCUGCUACACAUUAUCCGUCAGUAGGUGAAGAUCUUUUGCCAAGGAAAGACAUCAAAUCGGUAUCUGGUGCGGGUGACUGCCUCGCUGGAGCAAUGCUUGCAAGCAUCCUUCGCGGCGACGAACCUCACACUUGCGUUAAAGCCGGCCUGCAUGCCGCAUUUCUUUCUCUUCAGACUCACGAAGCGGUCUCAGAUCAGAUCGAUGCAGCCAGAUUCUCUGUGCAAAGUAUCGAAGAUUGGAUGACAUGGUCGUACAGAGAUAUUGCCGUUUAAUAUUUAAUUAAUUUGUAUUUAGUUAAUACCAUUGACUAUUUAACUUGGCAUUUAAAAUGAUCUGUGGAUCCCUCCACAAAACUGCCAGCUGUAUUCCCAAUACAUUACUAAGUUUUUCUGCUGCCAGAACAAUAAUGAUAAAUAAUAAAGUGACAAUAAAAAGAAGUCCCCCCUCCCUCUAAGUAGGGAACUGGAACUGACGCAUGUUUAUCUAAAUAAAACACACAACGGAAACUCUCUAAGCUAUAGGAAUGUAUUGUGAAGCUGAUUCUUUAAAAAGGAAUUGUGCAUCUUUUUCAUACCUGAAAUAGCCGCGCUGCCUUAAGUCCCUAAGCAUGGUAUAUACUGCUAUACAUGAAAACCUGCUAUGCGCACGUCUUCGUUUAGCGAUAUUUUGCUCAGCCUGAAGCAUCGCGGGAGUUGGGUAAGACCUACCCUGGGUGCCAGAGCCUCAGAGAGUCAAACCAUGAAGAACGGGGAAAGGAAUUGCGAUUGACUCUCUGAGGCUCUAGCACCCUGGGUUGGUAAGACCAAGAUUUAGACUCAAGGUAUGUCCACACCCAAGCCAAUAGUUAGCUAGUACACUUUGCUUCCCCAGAAAUGCAUAAUGUUGUGGACUUUUCGGGUCUUGACGGUAUAUCUCAUCAAUAUCUCAUUUAGAAUCUUUUUAAACGAAUUUAAAUGAUUUGCUUAAAAGGACAUUUGUAUGCAGUACAUUUUUAUUUAUUUUUUAACUUGUAUUCUCGUUUUAUAUAUACAUGAAUUAUCUUUUUGCACUCCAGAGACUGGACAAACUUUAACUUAAGUACCAAAUAAAAAUUUUCAAAAUCACAAAUGAUUUAUCUCAAUAUAACGAAACAGGUUGCCAUAUAUUUCUCCUUUCUAGAUUUUCCCUUUAAAUUAACAAUGUUUUGUCUAGAAAGACACAAAGCAUCUCAGUCUCGUUAAAACGUUUCUCGGCCUAGCCACGCGUCGAUAACUUCAACCUAUUUAGAGCUGGGCAUACGAACCCGGUAAAAAAGAAGGCUGCUUGUUCUAAGAUGAACAAUUUUUCUUUAGUGGUUUCAUAUUCUUAUGAAAUAGGAAAAUGAAGUCAUUUAUUGAAAUGAAAUCCCAACAGCAAUGGCCAUUCCAAAAGGAUUGUCUUUCCUUUACGCAAUUGACUUUGAUUCUGCUAGUGAAACAAUUUGUUCAGCUGUCUUGAACUACCAUGUUCUCCUAGCAAUUUAACCCCAUUCCCUACUAAAACAGCAUUUGACUCCGCAACAGUUUUUUGUCGUAUAUUUCCUGCAGUAUUUAUCAGAAAUUAAAACAUUACAAGAACAUAUUUUUAAUGCAGCACAGUACUGUCUCCAUUUGUAUUUUGCUAUCAACCUUAAAUGAAGGAUUGCAUUAAAUAUUUAUUUUGAUCUACAAUGCAUUUUUACGUAUCGACUGUGGAUAAAUACGUUGAUGUGUAGACAGGCGGUCAGCCUAUAGCCACAUUUUUAAGCACACGAAAAUGUGCUAUGUAAUUCUAGAUUUUGAAAGGAUUUUCUCUAAGAUGCGCAAAAGACUCUGUUACGUAGAGAUGGGGCUAGUAAGAGAAUUGACAUACUGGUAGGGAAUCGACUUUCUGCCUGUUCUUACUCCUUAGAACUUAUAAAGAACCAUAAUGAUUAAUUUGAGACUAUCCGAUCGAUGUGUCUCCUGAAACGUGAAAGCUUGUGUAUAGCACUACGUUACUAAUGAUAAGAUUAUAAGAUUGAGAACUUCUAUGGCACUCAGGAAGUCUCGCCAAACUCAAUCAUGCCUCAAAACUCGAAGCAUUUGUUCACAAUCAUUUUGCUGUAAAACAUAUAACCAAAGAAUAUAAUUACAAGAAUUUUCGAAUGUAGAAGCAAGUUAUUGUUAUAACUCUUUGGUGUAACUGCUACACUUAACCUUUCAUGGGACCUUCUUACCACUCGCAGCCCCCAGUCGUCAUUAAGUGAAAACCGCUAAAUUAUGCAAUACCAAAGUAAUGUAUUAUUGGACCUUAAGCUGGGACAAGUGGUAAUUUCCACCAAACCGAUGUAUUCGAAGGAAUGAUUCGCACCGUUUUAUGCUAUUCGUGCAAGUAGAGUUGCAAUUAGUUAUGUAUUUAAAUAGAAAUUUUUCACAUUCGAUGGCCUACUGACAAAUUAUAGAUGCACAACAUUGAAAUUAGGAUGAAA